AUGACCAAACAAGUGGAACAGAUGGUCCUAUGUAAUGUGAGCACGUGGUUAGAUCUAGAGUGUUCUGCCGAAUAUCCAGACCCGGUUUGUUUUGAUCUUGACUACAGUGUGGUUCGCGUGCGUCCUGGCUGGAGAGGAGUCAUCAAUGAAGGUGAGGAGGCCGUGUUACGCGGACGCUUAGCUCGAAAGCCUGUUGAGCAACUGGUGUGCUUUUAUCGCGAAACUCUCGAUUCAGAGGUUUCCCGGGUCCUCGAUACUUUAAAGAUCACGACUGACGAGGAUGCUGAUAUGUUUGUUAUUUCAAUCCCACAGACCGGGGAAGUAGAUACGGGUUACUAUGAAUGUCGAUUACUUAACGAUACUCCGGGAGUUCCCAGUGCUGGGCUCAGUGCUCACCAUUUGCGAAUUCGUCCAGGAAGAUCGGCAAUCAAGUGUGCGAUGAGCGUGGAAAAGGACGGGAUCGAUAUCGCA